AUGAAUGCGACAAACGGUUGUGAGACGUCCAUGCCUUACGGUUUCCAGUCGGGUCUGAAGGGGCCCUACAUUGUGGCCGAGAUCCUCAUCGCCUUGCUGGCAAUCACAGGAAACCUGCUGGUUUGCCUGGCCGUGACCCACAACCGCAAGCUCCGCAGCGUUACCAACUACUUCCUGGUGUCACUGGCGAUAGCAGACAUCCUGGUGGGUUUGCUGGCCAUUCCCUGCGCUGUGCUGACCGACCUGGGUCGCCCCCGCCACGACCUGCCCCUCUGUCUCCUGCUGCUCAGCGUGUUAAUGAUGCUGACACAGAGCUCCAUCCUGAGCCUGUUGGCGGUGGCGGCGGAGCGGUACGUGGCCAUCCUGCUGCCCUUCCAGUACCAGCGCAUCAUGAGCCCGAGGAACGCCCGACUCGCCCUCCUCUUCACCUGGAGCCUGGCUGUGCUGUCUGGCUCUGUGCCGCUCAUGGACUGGCACCGGCAACCCCUCGACUCUGAAUACUGUAUCUUUACCUGUAUGGUGGACAUGACCUACAUGGUCUACUUCAACUUCUUCUGCUGCCUGCUGGUCCCCACGGCCCUCAUGUGCAUCAUCUACGGCCACAUCUUCAUCACCGUGCACCGCCAGCUAAGACGCAUCACUGCAGUCAGGGGAGGAGCUGCCACGGAGGCCAGGCCAGAGCACGGGUCAGCGUUCGGUAGCAAUGACACCGGGACGCCGAUGGGGACGGAGAGGACAGCGAUUAGGACAGCGCCAGGGGUCGGAUCUGGGCUCGUUUCAGCCAGUUCUGGUGGUGCUAGCUCUAGCGCCGGGUCAGAGGACACCAGCUCGGGUGACCCCAAACCCACCCUGCGUACCCGCCAGGAGCUGCGAACGGCCACCUCGCUGUUCCUGGUCCUGUUCCUCUUCAUCGUUUGCUGGAUGCCGAUCCACUGCAUCAACUGUGUCCUGCUGCUCUGUCCAAAAUGCCCCGUCCCCGCGCCGCUCACCCUGGUGGCCAUUUUGCUGUCCCACGCCAACUCGGCCCUCAACCCACUCCUGUACGCCUACAGGAUGAGGUCCUUCAGACAUACGCUGAGAGGGAUGUGUUCUCUGAGCGGCCAGCCAAAACACCAGUAA